AUGCGUGCUCACUUACACGAUUCGAAAGAUUUAUGGAGCACGACGUUACAUCAGACACUGCUAUGCAAUUGCAUUGAAGGUGAAGACGACGAGAGUGACUGCGCGUUUCAUUUCCAAUAUAUGCCGAUGAGAAAUCGAAUAGAGGUGCCAAGAAUGCUCUGCGAGGCUCGAAAGUGUAAAUAUGCGUUGGAGCUGGUCGGUUUUGUCCCGUGGGGGUCUGACGUGAAAACCACCACCCCAUAUGGAAAGACACCGACAUUGAAAAACUAUGACAAAACGAAAACGAAGGACUUGGCGCACGAGAAACCAAUCGCACGAUACCUCGCGAGCAAGUUGCAACUCUUCGGUCGAGAUGAAGACGAACGCGCUAAAAUAGACGAAGUUUACGAGCAACACUGGUCCACAUUACGGAACAACGGUUUGACGCACCAAGGAGAAAACUUUGAUAUGGACCAAUUGCUUGCAAUUACCGAUAGAGAAAUAGACGAGACGCCUAGAUUUCAAGACAUGCGGCGCGUAAAUUCGUUCUCUCCAUCGCAGCGUUCGCUCGCGUCGCUUAGAGUUUUCGACGAGAUUUUGUUACAGAAUCAGUCCAUGUACCUCGUCGGAGAUGCGUUAUCGUUAUGCGAUAUCGCUCUGUUUGAAACCGCGUACGAGCUUUUCAGGGAAGAGUCUGCGGAUUUUGAUAUUGGGGAGAGGUUUAAUCUGAAAUAUUUAGAGAGAUUUUUAGCGCACAUAGAAGACGAACACCCGACCUUACGAGAGUAUAUGAAAAGCGCGAGACGUGUUCCACGAUACAAGAGGCCUGGAUACGUGUACAUUAACGAACAAGUGAAAUAUUGGACUUCUUUCUACGCUACUUGA